CAGUCAUAGAUUGUCAAUCGCUAAAGCCCCUCAUAGGGAUAUUUGUUUAACGUUGCCAUGGCAUUUUAAUUAUUUAGUCGUUGCGUCUGUGCGUUACCUGGAGACAGUCUACAAGAGUUUGUGAGGGACAGUUUAUGAAACACUGGUGCAGACACUCCAGGAUUUCCGCAAAUUCGAGAACUUUGGUCUUGUCCUCACAAGAAUGUACUCAAGAGAACGUGGUCAGAGAAUGCACUCAGAGCAUGAGCGUGUAGAGCACUGUAGGGCCAAGCCUGGGCUCAGGUACAGUGUGUCUGACUGGGACACCAGUAACAAGCAGAUAUCUGACACAGCAGAACACAGGAGACACAUGUCACACAUGACAAGGCAGGAAGGGAGGGCCUUACGCAAUGAGACAACCAGCAAGACUAACUGGGAUAAGAGUGACAGCUCUCGCAGACUGAGUGAUAGGAUCUGGGAUAUCUCCCGCUGGAGAGAGACUUUGGAAUCAUGCAUACAGGAAGUGGAGAAAGAGAUGGAUGCCUUAACCCUGUGGAAGGAGGAGACUGAGCGGGCUCUGACAGCCACCGCAGUGCCUCUAGAGGUCACGGUGGAGUGCCUGACCCUGAGGGAGGGUCGCCGCGGCAACGAGCUGGUCAGCGACCCAGUGGAGGCCCAGCUGAAGAAGGAAGUGGAGAUGAUCGACGGAGCACAGCGGGUGCUCCAGCAGCGCAUCGACAAGGCAUUCGAGCAGCUGUGUCUUCUUCAGGUGUCCCGGCAGCAGCUGACCCAUGACCUUCAGAACAAGAUUGAGGCCCAGGACAUUGACCUCUCCUGCUUGUCUAUCACUGUGACAUCACCUAAGACCUCCCUGAAGCCCAACCCCCUGCGCAUACCCAUAGGUUCCACCACCCCCCAGCAGUGGGAGCAGUUCAGCCAGUACAACGUGGCCCGAGCUCAGGAGGAGAUGCAGGCAUCACUGCAGCUGAGGGAGGACAUGAGUGUCACCAGGGCACAGUUGCAGAAUGAGCUGGAUGCUCAGCGAAUCGCCACAGUGUUUGCCAUCCGUAAACGCACUCACCACCUGGAGCAGGCUCACGAUGAGACGCAGUGGCAGAUGAAGAGCUCCCAGGUUGAGAUCUCAGAUAUGGAGAGGGACAUCCAUAGUCUAGAGGUUGAUCUCCAGGCUAAGAUGGCCCCACUAAAGCUGGUCCACACCCGGCUGGAGAACAGGACCAAGAGGCCUGGAGUCGAUCUCUGUAGGGAUGAGGUUCAGUAUGGGCUUGUGGAUGAAGCCAAUCAGCUGGAGGCCACCAUUCUGGCUCUGAAACAGAAAUUGGCCCAGGCUCAGUAUGCCCUCCAGGCUCUCCAGCUGCACCAGGCCCAUAUGGGGGAGGAUCUGUCCCGUAAGAAGGACGCCCUCUCUCUAGAGCAGCGCAGCCUUGAGACACGCAGCCGCCUCGCCUCCGCUGCUUUCACUGACGUGUCCUCUGGCGCCGUGGUCCCCCUCACCAUCUCCAGCGGGAGACACAACCUGGAGCUGGCCUAGGCUCACCAAUUCAUCUCACACACAACCUUAGGGUUCUCUGACCAUAACCUUAUUUCCCUCAAUUUAUUAACCAUACCAUAAAUAUGCACAUUCGCAUCUCAAUUGUGUUUUUGUGUCUGUUUAUCUUUUAGGCCCCUGUGUUUUCUGUGCGUUUUACAGCAGUCAUAGUCUUACACCUAUCUUCUGUAAGUUCCGUUAUGUGUUAUCAAUUGAACAUUGUGUAUCAAAAAAGAUCUGCAUCAUAUUAAAACUGCAAUAUGUAACUUUUUGGGCGACCUGACCAGUUUUACAUAGAAAUAUGAAUUAUAGAUAUGUCAUUUUCUUUGAAAGCAAGUCUAAGAAGCAGUAGGUCUGUUCUAUGUGCCUUAUUUCAAUGCUUCCCGUUCUAAAGUUAUGUUUUUGUGUCUUUCGGUUUUGUUUCAAAACAGCUGAAAAUACAAUAUUAUUGGUUAUUGAAAAUAUAUUAAAGUGGUUUAGGUGGUACAAUGA